AUGGCUCAUGUAGCUCUAGAUGGUAAAUUGUCUUGUCCGAGUCCUUCUGGCAUUCCGAGUCCUUCCUUCCGACAGGAAAAGUUUUUCCUUCCAACAGGAAAAAAAUUUCCUUCCAACAGGAAAAGUUUUUCCUUCCAACAGGAAAAAAUUUUCCUUCCAACAGGAAAAAAUUUUCCUUCCAACAGGAAAAAAUUUUCCUUCCGACAGGAAAAAUUUUUCCAGUUGUCCGUCCGUAAACCAUUCAAAUUUUCGAAAAUUGAGAACUUUUUGGCCGACCUUCAGGAAAAAUUUUUCUUUCCGACAGGAAAAAUUUUUCUUUCCGACAGGAAAAAUUUUUCUUUCCGACAGGAAAAGUUUUUCUUUCCGACAGGAAAAGUUCUUCCUUCCGACAGGACACAAACGAAUGUCCGACGUACCACCAACCGAGUCCAUUCCAAAGCCAGAAGAACCGACAGCCCCAGCACCACAACAGACUAA